GUUUUUUAUCAGAUGGUAUUUUUUAUUCGUUAUUAUCUUGAAUUUAAUUGCAAAUAUAAGCAAUAAAAAAACAGGGGCAUUAAUUGGUACAUUUGUAAAUAGUUAGUAAUUCAUCUAAUUAAUCAUCUCAAAAAAUAAUUAGUACCUGCUGAUUUAACAAAUUUUCUAAUAUUAGAUAUUAGAGGGCAUUAUUUUUAUUACGCCUCAUUUAAUUGUAAUUUAUUUAAAUUUUAUCUAUUAUUUUUUUAUUAAUGACAUUGAUUAAUGGUACUUAUCAUAAACAUUUACUAAUUGGAGUAUUCAAACUAUUUGUGCUAAUUAUAUUUAUAAACAUUAAAAUGGCCCAAUCUGUACAGGAAUUUCAUACAUUCACUUCAAAUUUAUAUAAAACAACAAUAGAAGAAUAUAAUGAUAAUGUUAUUUUUUCACCGAUAAGUAUUCAUGUUAUUUUGUCAUUUAUAUCUCAUGGUGCAAAAGGAAAAACUGCUGAGGAAAUGAUCAACGGUCUUUGUAUUAAAGACAUUAGUAAAUUAAAUAUUGAUUACAAAAAUAUAAUAUCAAUAUUAAAUUCAACAGAUAAAGCUGAGCUACAUUUAGCAAAUUCGCUUUAUUUGCACAAUGAUAUUGAGGUGCUAGAUGAUUUCAAAACACUGGGAAUUGAUUACUACAGUUUAAUUGUGUCAAAAAUGAAUUUUUCUGAUAACGUACAAUCAGCUAAGCAGAUAAACAAUUGGGUUUUGGAGAAAACUAACAAUAAAAUCACAGACAUUGUCUCACCUGAUGACAUUACUGAGGAAACUAAAAUGUUUUUAAUAAAUGCUAUUUAUUUCAAAGGACCAUGGAAAGAUCCAUUUGAUAGCCAACGUACUUCACAUAAAAUUUUUUAUACAGCAAAUAACGUUCAUGUAUUAACAGAUAUGAUGAUCAAAAAACAACAUUAUGUUCAUGGUGAUCUGCCUAAUUUGAAUGCUAGAUUUCUUGAAAUUCCAUACUCCGAUGAUAAUUUAAGUAUGAUAAUUAUUUUGCCAUACGAAGUUGAAGGAUUGUCAUAUGUAGAAAAAAAUUUUAAUUGGAAUUAUAUAAUUACCGCAGAGUCUAGUAACGGCGAAAUAAUAUUACAUGUACCGAAAUUUAAAAUUGAAUCUACAAUAGAUUUACAACAAAUUCUUACAAAUAUGGGUUUAAAAUCAAUGUUUGAAGACACUGCCGACUUGAGUGGCAUUACAAAUGUGCCUGUAAAAAUAAGUAAAGUUAUGCAAAAGGCAUUUUUAGAAAUAAAUGAAGAAGGUUCUGAAGCUGCUGCAGCAACAGUUGUGCGAAUUCGAUUAAAAAGAAUGGCCGUCCAGACAGAAGAGUUUAUAGUAGACCGGCCAUUUAUGGUCGCGAUUCGCCACAAGCUUUUAGAUAUCCCAUUAUUUGUCGGCCAAGUAAAGGUCCCAGAUAUAAUAACUAAAAGUACUAACAAAGAUGAGCUAUAAUUUAAAAAAAAACUUUCUUUUUAUACAGCAAUAUAUAUUUUUGAUAUAAGUUUAUUAAUAAAACGCUUGAUCUGCUUAAAAAAUAAUUAAAGAAAAAAAAAUGGUAUAAAUUUAU